AUGGCGCAACGCAACGCGAGACAUGAUACUCAGGACACUGGCACUGUGAGGGCUCUGCGCAGUAUGGGCUCAGGGACCGACGUUCUCUCGAUGUCUGCGAAGUCUACAAAAGCCACACUCCCUCAUGCGAGGCCACAGCCAGCUUAUAUUUCGGAUGGUGAGGCGGAGAAAUUGGUUUACGCGGAAAUUGAGCGGCCUGCCAGAAUCGCGCAAAACGCACUUCAUUUGGUCAAUGGCUUCCUCGAUCAGAUCCUCUAUGACAUUAUCGCGAAAUCGCAUUCGGUGACCUUGAGCGCCAUCAGAUCGGCAGUUCCGGUCGUCCUGAAACAAAGGCUGGGACAAAGUGCUUUGAGAGCCGCCGACGAAGAGUUGCAAGACUAUCUGGAUGAAGAUGAGUUGGAGGAAGUACAAUCUACAGUAGCCGUCUUGGAUCCAAGAGCAGACUUUGACAUCGACCUCACCUGGAAACUCACGAGACUCCGUUGUAUGGUCUAUGCGAAGCUUGGAGACAUGGAAGAAGAGGAUGAAGAAGAAUACCUCGAUGAUGACGACUUAAGGGAACACAUCGGCCGGGUGAAGGAGUCGGUCAGAACGGCUGCAGCAGUCACACCGUCCGCCGCCAUCUUCCUGACCACGGUCCUUGAAUUCUUGGGUGAGCAAGCUCUCUGCAUUGCGGCCCAACAUGCGAGAAGGCGUCAGUCGGUCAACAAGACCCAGAGCACAGAUCAAUCCGCAGGCCCGAAUCGAACCUCAGACCAGGACAUCAUUGUGUUGGAGGAGAUAGACAUGUCAGGUGUUGGUAAGGAAGGACCACUGAUUCGGCUUUGGCGCUCCUGGAAGGGCAGCAUCCGCGGCAGCGUCAGCAUGUCUUCUCGCCCGACGACACCGCUUGUAAUGUCUCCUGGGUCUCCAGAAUCUCCCGCGUAUGAAUGGAAGUUUCCCUCUGUUCCCCCAUUCUCGACCAUUCACGAAGAGCAUAGCCCAUCCAUCCGUCCGGUGCCCAGUCCGUUACCGACUGAGGUUCCACUUCCAAUGUCGGACAACGAUGUGGAAGAGAUCGAAGUGCCAGGUCUCUCCCCCUCGACCGAUCACGCAGACGACAGAAUGUUCUAUGAGCGCCCUGGACUGGAUAGACGGAGACCGUCGAGCAUGCUGAUCAUGCCCGGCAACUUUCCAGACGCAGUGUCUCCACCCGCUGGCCAAGAACACAACGACGAUAGAUCCUUGUUGACGCGAAGACGACCACAUUCGGUCCCAACAUCGCCCCAAUCCGCUUCAGAUGUGCCGUCGAGACACGACGCAGUAGGCGCGACAUAUGGUAAAAGCAGGGACGAUUCAUUGAACCCCUCGGCAAGCUCCGAAGACCUUACCGGCUCCACGUCUCGAUCUGUAGAGAAAGAGAGCAAUCACAGUGUGACAUCUAACAGCAUCAGCAGCACUGUCGCUACCAUUGCUGGAGCAUUAAGCGUUGAAGCGUCCAGAGCAUUCCGGAAAGAACAACCAAAGCAUCUCAAAUCAGUCGAGGCUUCGAACACAGAUACUCUACAGGCGAGUCCAAAUAAUAGCGCAACUGAAGACGUUGAGCCCUCUGCAAGCAGUGAGAGCGCUCGUGCUGCGCCCCUCGCUGAGGCAGGAAAUGAAAAUGAUACUGAUCCAGAAGACCUUGCAUUGAGCUCUGAGGUCGAAAGAGAAGCCUCUGUAGAUGAACAUACAAAUCUUAGGGAUUCUGGAUUUGGCGUGUCUGCAGCGGAGCAAGAGAUUCUAACACAUGAUCAACAAUCUGCCUCCAUUGAAGCGGGUUCAGUGACCGCUGACGCUCAUGAAGCGGGCAUGCGUGAUCAUGACCCUGUUCGAAGACAAAGUGCGACUGACGAGACGGACGAUGGUGCUCUGGGGACAGCUGCCAUUUUCUACCAGGGACCACCUGGAAGCCACGAUACACAAUAUCCUGAGUCCGUACCUCACAUGCCGUCACGACAGCAUGAGGUUUCCGUACCAGCCUCCGCACAUACCAGCGCAGACCAAGCAGGAGCAACCGAGACCUUAGCAUGGCCUGUGGUUAUUCAAGAGCGGACAUCAUCUCGCGAGGGCACAACCUCUGCUCGAACCUCAACUCAGUCCAAACAUCCUCAAUACUUUCCAAAACAGCGUGAAGCCACUCAGGAAGACAUGGGCCAAGUUUCGCAGGAUCGAGCGCCACGAUAUGCCACCUCAUCCUUCGCUGCCAGUCGGGACGAAAAUGGCAUUUUCCAGACACCUCAAACGCAAGAUCCCAGCGAAGGUAAAGACUUCAGGGCUUCAACAGCUGGACGGCCCCAUGUCCGGCUUCGGUCUGAGGCUGAUGAUGGACAACGUCGGAUUGCUCCUCCAACCGAGAUGGACCGAGCAAAGAAGAGCCUUGAUGUCCUCAUCGAUAGCGAUGAAACGCUCCAUAUUACGCUCACCCCAAAGACUGCCAGAGCGACUAAUGAGAAGCCCAAAGUCAAAAGUCAGACGCAAGAACUGGCAGACUUCUUCCGAAACACUGCCCCGCCAGGAGAAGACGUGAGUCGGCCAAGGUCGUCUCGCUCGGCGAAAGGCAGCAUCAAUGGUCUCCGAUCAAAUCCUCAGACGGCCACCAAAAUACCAUUGCCUAACAACAUCAAAUCCAGUCCUGCUCAGUCGAAUACUCAGCGACCUGUGAGCUCGCCCUCGAGGUCUAAAAAUCCUCUGGGAGAACCGCGCGACCCUAGAAUGGCGAAGAUUUCCACCAGAGAUCUUGCUGAUUAUGCCCGCUCGACUGGACCGGAGAAUGAAAUGCAACUUCCCAAACCGCUAUCACCCCGACCGGGCACAGCUCAGGGGGCGGGGACGGGCACUAAGGGAGCCGCUCUUUCCGAAGCGAUCAAGGACGAGCAACGACCAGCGACAACUUCGGGAAAACCUGUCCACCGACUGAAGUACCAGGCACGAGACGCUAGAGGCCCUCGAACUGCCGAGAGUUCCGAUCUUAUUGACUUCAUCAGGGAAGGUCCUCCCCGGCCACCAGGUGAUCAUCGAAUCGACCGAAAUGUGGCACCCUUCCGCACGACCAUGGAUUCGGAUGAUCUCAAUGCGCUUGCCCCUCCACUCGAUAUGGACUCCCGAGGUCGAAACUCCAUCGGCAGUGCUCAGGAGAGCUCAGUCACAAUCAAGUCCAUGCCUUCGUCGAUGAAUUCGCGCACAGGCCUUCUGGAUUCGAGCAACCGUGCCUCUAAUAAAUACUCAAACGGGGUCGGAACUUCUGUACACGCGAUCACCAGACAGCCUGUCAUUCCCGAAUCGGGAGAUAUACCCAAGAAGAAUCGACGAAAAGUCCGCGAUCCGUAUGCCAUUGAUCUCAGUGAUGAGGACGACGACAUGGAGGAGGCCUCCGGCCCGGAACAACGACGGGCGGAGGAGGAGUCCUUGGUCGACUUCCUCAGAAACACCGCUCCUCCGCCUGGCAUGACGACGCAGCCGAUUCUAGCAGCAGUGCCGGAUCCAGCCGAAGAAGAAACUUCUGCCACGGUCGAGAGAUCAGCGAGCAACUCGAGGCUGAGAGACUAUCUCCAAGGCACGACUUCCAGUAGAAAUGGCCCUACGGCUAAACCGAGUAAUGGGCCUCGUGCUGAAUCGCCUCAUCUCACCCAAGUGGGUUCCAAGUUGGACAAGUAUCGGCCGACUCAGCCUACACAUGCGGCGCAUGUUGAACGGAACCGGCAGAAGAUGCGUGCAGAACCAAGGGAUGCUUCUGUUACUAAUGGAAGUGACACGUCGGAUCUUGCUGAGUAUCUCAAGACUUCAGGACCAGCUCUGGGGACAGAUGUUUCACCGCAGAAAUUCAGUCUUUCCGGAAGAGAUCAAGUGGGUUUCCUGAGGUUCUUCCAGAAAAGAGGCAGUAUAAGAAAGCAAUGA